UCCGCAAGCAUUAUUUAAAAAUCGCUCCAGCCCACUGCGUCCUCAGAUCCGCUCUGACCGACUCUUUCCAGAACACAGCAGACCUCGGGGCCGUACAAUCAUGCUGUCCACGACAAACUGCGUGAGCUUCCGAAGCACGUUGGAGGGUCUGCUGCCCUGGGCCGGUAUGAGGACUACAAACAGCCAGAACGGCGGGGGGCACAAGAACUGGCCGCCCAAGAAGUCGAAGGACAUCUUCAGUGUCAUGGUGACUCCUGAUCGCAUCCCGAAGUUCUUCAUCCCAUCUUUGGGUGUUCACGCCCAAGCAGAACAUCCCACGGAGGCGGAAGAGGAUUGCCAGUCGCCUGCUUUACUUUUGCAGCCCCGGGAGGAAGAGUCGAGGAGAGCCAGGAGCCCUACCGCGUCCAGCACCAGGAGCGACCGUAUCCUGGUGCGGGGAAGUCCGCUGCAAAGGUCCCCGGCGAGCAGCGGGGACGGGGCUCCGCUAGCCGGGGAACUGGAGAGGGCGGCGGACCACUCAGACCCUGCAACGAGAGCUGCGCUCUCCCUACCCCACUUACAGAAAAUCACCACCCCUUACGGAUUUCCAGCCCUGGGCGAGAUCCCACAUAUCAGGAGGAAAGAAUCUCUCUUCUUUGAGCGCGACGUGGCAGAGAUCAGGAGUUUGCUGAAGAGCAGCAAGCAGAGUCGGACGUUGGGCAGGAGCCGCUCCAGCGCACUCACUGAACUCGAGUUGCAGAAGCUCCCUGGCGCCAGCGUAGUCUCCCGGGCCAACAGAUCGGCGUCCUGGGAAACCAUCGGCAGCCCCAGCCUCCCCCAGGCAUCCACCUCCUUGACCACCUUAGUCAAAGACAAGAAUAAAUUUCGGAUCCUGAUUAAGAAACACUUUGCUAGCAUUAAGCGUAUGAAAUCCAAUUGUUCAUCGGCGCGGCUGGCUGAUCGGGCGCUGAGCAGUUUCAGUGCAUGAUCGUACGGGAAAACUCCGCGCACGUCCCGGGGCCCACCUUGUGCACAGACCCUGCUGUCAUCCCUUGAACAAGAGUUAGUCAAGCACGGCAGCUUCUGUCGUCAUCUUAGGGGUAACUGUGGGUCUUAGAAGUGGGAAGAGAACACUUGGAACCAGGCAGCAGGUCGGGUAGCAUCUGCGGAAAGAAGAGUUCAUAUUUCAGGACUUACGCCUUGCUCUGGAAGGAGAGAACAAGGACUCAAGCGUUUUGAAGAAUUUCUUCGGGAUACCGGAAAUGCUCAUUUCGCCUCCUGAGUGAUUGCCCGUUUCCCAAGAGAACAAGUCUGUCGCACAGAUUCCGUGUCCUUGUUUGUAUCAAUAAUAAAGUGAACUCUGUGCUAAAUAAAGCAUUGCUCAAUCGCGUUUUAUUUGAGCUGUGCUUCUCAUAGCCAUUUGAGAAGUGCUGCAUUGACCGGAAGUUUCCAGGGAAGAUGAUUUUGGCAGUAGAGUCAAGGUGGAAUCUGACCCAACGGACAAUGAACAACUGGAUGUAUCA